AGAGCACUGGCGUGGCGCCGUCGGUCACGUGUACCUCGCGUGCGCACUUUCGCUCGCUCCCAUGCAGCUCGCGAGCGCGCGCGCUCGCUCGCUCCCAUGCACCUCGCCCGCGCGCGCUCGCUACGGUGCACCUCGACGAGUGGCUUCAGCAGCGCAGUCGCCCGUGGCGGCGGACGAGCUGAGGACGCUACGGUCCGUUCGGGUGGCGCCCGGGGUUCGACUUGCGCUAGCUCAACCCGAG